AUGAAGUAUUUGCUUAGCCAAUCACUUGAGAAAGCCGCCAAGGAAUGGUGGGAACUGGUCGAAGACCAAGUCAACAGCUUCGACGACGUCGAAAAACGAUUUAUAAAUCGAUUUUGGAGCCACGAUGUACAGCGAAAAGUGCGUAAAGACCUGGAAUUCGGGAGAUAUCCCGAAAAACCAGGUAGAUUAACAAAAGUCGAGUAUGCAACUCGGACGUUUGGAGCGGCGCGAGAUUUGAUUCCGCCUCCAAGCGAUCCGGAUAUUGUGGCUUCUCUAUCGCAGCACUUUACCGAGGAGAUUAGAGCCACCAUUAUAAGUCGUGGGUUCAAAACCCUCGAGCAGCUGAUCGAGUUCCUGGAAAAACUCGAUCAGAGCGGGCCGGUUAACACCGGGACGGACGAGCAGAAGACUCAAAGUCCGAAAAACCCGACUCACAAUAACGAUAAAAAUGAGCAGCGUCCAUUCAAAAUGCCUCCGCAAAACAACUGGAACAACAAUGGUUACCAGAACAAUAACCGUGGAAAUUCAAACUGGCAACAGAACAACCGCCAGAAUUGGAAUCAAAGCAAUGGAGGCUACCAAAAUAAUCGAGGUUACCAAAACAACAAUUGGAAUCAGCAACAAAACAGGAGCUACAAUCAGAGCUUCCAACGAAACUAUAACCAGCAGCCGAAUAACAGCAAUUAUAAUCGGAAUCAACAAAAUGGCGGGCAAAACGGAGGAAACAAUCGCCCAAACAACAGUCCUCAGCCAAAUCAGAAUCAAAAUUGGGGAUCGUCGAACCAAAAUCGGGGACCACCUCAAAACAACGGAGGAUAUAGGCCACCUGCGAAUAAUAAUACGCAGCAACCACCGAUUCAAACGAUUGAGGCGCAAAUAGAACCUCAACCAUCAACAUCGAAAGCGGGAAACGCGUAG